AUGAUUGCCGCUAAAAGAAAAGUACUACCCUCGGACAAGUUUGGAGAAACGAGAAGCAGCAACCAAAAGGAAGCAGCAAUCAAGUUCCCAAGAAAACAGCACUGCACAAGGUGUGACAGUCUCUUGGCCGAGAUGAAUGAACUCAAGGCAGCAAAUACACUUUUGACUAAUCAACUUAAUCAGUACAGAUCUGGCACAACUGAUGCUGAAGCACCAAGACCAGGCAAAGUGCCAAAAGCUAUUGCUGAACAACAUCAAAUGAUAGAGCUGUGUCCAGGCAAAAGAGUUUAUGUUUAUGAGAGCCACAUAACUAAGGCACACACCAAAAAAACUGCAACAGCAACAGCAUGCUUUCUUUUAAGCUGUUUCUACAAAGAUGCAGAACUUAUUGGAAAAAGUUUGACUGAGAAGAAUGGGAAACCCUGCUUAGAUGUUGAUAUCAUUGAAAGCAUAUUAAGCUUCAUAAGGAAAAGGUUCAAUGGCAUCAGCAACAGCCCAGUUUGUAUUGCCCUACGAAACAAAAUAACUUGUUUGGAAGCUUGUGCUCUAAAGAAACAAGGCCAGUAA